AAAGUUCUUGGUUUCCUGAAAACCUACAAUGAGCUUCUCUCCUAUUUCUUCUUCCUCCCUACUGAGUGACAGUCAUGUCCAGAGCCUUCUAUUCAGGAAGAUUCUGAGCAGGUCCUUUUUUCUUGGCAGGUGUGCCAUGGAGCCCUUCUGUCCACUCCUGCUGGCAAGUUUUAGCUUGUCGCUUGCCAGAGCUGGCCAGGGCAACGACACCACUCCAACAGAGAGCAACUGGACCAGCACAACUGCAGGCCCUCCGGACCCUGGCGCAUCCCAGCCGCUGCUCACCUGGCUGCUGCUGCCUCUGCUCCUCCUCCUGUUCCUCCUUGCAGCCUACUUCUUCAGGUUCAGGAAGCAGAGGAAGGCUGUGGUCAACAGCAACGACAAGAAGAUGCCUAACGGAAUCCUAGAAGAGCAAGAGCAGCAGAGAGUGAUGCUGCUGAGCAGAUCUCCAUCAGGACCCAAGAAGUACUUCCCCAUCCCCGUAGAGCACCUGGAGGAGGAGAUCCGGGUGAGAUCUGCGGAUGACUGCAAGCGGUUCCGGGAGGAAUUCAAUUCAUUGCCAUCUGGACACAUACAAGGAUCCUUUGAACUAGCAAAUAAAGAAGAAAACAGAGAAAAAAACAGAUACCCCAACAUCCUGCCCAAUGAUCAUUGCAGAGUGAUUUUGAGCCAAGUGGAUGGAAUCCCCUGCUCUGACUACAUUAAUGCUUCCUACAUAGAUGGCUACAAAGAAAAGAACAAAUUCAUAGCAGCUCAAGGCCCUAAGCAAGAGACAGUGAACGACUUCUGGAGAAUGGUUUGGGAGCAAAGGUCAGCCACCAUUGUCAUGCUGACAAACCUAAAGGAAAGGAAGGAGGAGAAGUGCUACCAGUACUGGCCAGACCAGGGUUGUUGGACCUAUGGCAACAUCCGGGUGUGUGUAGAGGACUGCGUGGUUCUGGUGGACUACACCAUCCGAAAGUUCUGCAUCCAUCCGCAACUCCCCGAAGGCUGCAAAGCUCCACGGCUGGUCUCCCAGCUUCACUUCACCAGCUGGCCUGACUUUGGGGUGCCGUUUACUCCCAUCGGAAUGCUGAAGUUCCUGAAGAAAGUGAAGACACUCAACCCCUCACAUGCUGGGCCCAUUGUGGUCCACUGUAGCGCGGGCGUGGGUCGGACUGGCACCUUCAUUGUGAUCGAUGCCAUGAUGGACAUGAUACACUCGGAGCAGAAGGUUGACGUCUUUGAGUUUGUGUCUAGAAUCCGCAAUCAGCGCCCUCAGAUGGUCCAGACAGAUGUUCAGUAUACAUUCAUCUACCAAGCCUUACUGGAAUACUACCUCUAUGGGGACACGGAACUGGAUGUGUCCUCCCUGGAGAGGCACCUGCAGACGCUACAUGGCACAGCCACCCAUUUUGACAAGAUCGGGCUGGAGGAAGAGUUCAGGGUCUCCUGCUGCAGGUCUGUCAUGCUCUGCUCUAACUACAUUGCUUGGCUGCAGAAACUGACCAACGUGCGAAUCAUGAAGGAGAACAUGAGGACGGGCAACCUGCCUGCCAACAUGAAGAAGGCCCGUGUCAUCCAAAUCAUCCCAUAUGACUUCAAUCGGGUAAUCCUCUCCAUGAAAAGAGGGCAAGAGUUCACAGACUAUAUCAACGCAUCCUUCAUAGACGGCUACAGGCAGAAGGACUACUUCAUGGCCACACAGGGGCCUCUGGCUCACACAGUUGAGGACUUCUGGAGGAUGGUGUGGGAAUGGAAGUCACACACAAUCGUCAUGCUGACCGAGGUGCAGGAGCGAGAGCAGGAUAAAUGCUACCAGUAUUGGCCAACGGAGGGCUCAGUGACUCACGGGGAUAUAACCAUAGAGAUAAAGAGCGACACCCUGUCUGAAGCCAUCAGCAUACGAGACUUUCUGGUUACUUUCAAACAGCCCCUGGCCCGCCAGGAAGAGCAGGUCCGCAUGGUGAGACAAUUCCAUUUCCAUGGCUGGCCUGAGGUUGGAAUCCCUGCUGAGGGCAAAGGCAUGAUUGACCUGAUUGCUGCAGUGCAGAAGCAGCAGCAGCAGACAGGCAACCACCCCAUCACCGUGCACUGCAGCGCGGGAGCAGGGCGGACAGGUACGUUCAUAGCACUCAGUAACAUUUUGGAACGAGUGAAAGCUGAGGGACUCCUUGAUGUGUUUCAAGCUGUGAAGAGCUUAAGGCUUCAGAGACCACACAUGGUGCAAACCCUGGAGCAAUAUGAAUUCUGCUACAAAGUGGUACAAGAUUUUAUCGAUAUAUUUUCUGAUUAUGCUAAUUUCAAAUGAAGAUUCCUGCCUUAAAAUAUUUUUUAAUUUAAUGUGUGUACGGGGGACAACCCCAGGGUCCGUCACUGCUUCAUACAGGUGAACAGGUCACCAAGCUUCUCUUCGGCCCUGAGUUCUCUUCAGCUCUGAGUUCCAUCCAGAGGCACAAGCUGGCACCCAGCAUGCAGGGUGAGAGCACACAAAGGCUGCUGCCACCACCACCAGCUGUGGCCAGGGCUGGCUGCCUGUGCUUUCUGGGACCUCCCCUUCUCUGAGCAGCAGUGGGGCACAGGCAGAAGGCAGAAGAGCAAGGAGCUUUUCCUGGCCAGUGGUCUUCUUUGCCUCCAUCUUAGACCUCAAGCUCAACGCUUUACUUUAACUGAAAUGAGACAAUGGGCAGUAAGCCCACUAGAACGAAGGGGACCUCACACUGGUCCCAAGCCAAAGUUUGGCCAUACACGUUAGCACCCCAACUUAGUUACUGGUCCUUACAAUCCCAGGCAUCUCUUGUAUCAAGAAAUGCUUUAGGGUAGAUCUUUUCAGGAUGUCUAGAGUAAAGUAUUCUAAUGUGUGUUUUUCCUCACCUUGGGGCUGUCCCAGGUUCUCCUGCAGGAACCCUGCCUGUUUCUAAACAGCUUGUCCCACUCCAGAAACAGAAUCCACACUCCUGUGGGCACAGUUGGAGCAGCACUUAUACUUUGGAGGGGCCAAUCCCUCUAGUCUUUUGGCUAAUAAUGUCAUAGCCAAAUUCAGCCUCCCUAAGACACAGAGCCUCUGUGUGCAAGGGGCCUCCAAAGGGGGUGUGGGAGGGGGCUCAGCAUCUUCUCUGUGUACCUGGCAUGUUCUUUUCUUCUUCCUUCAGCCAAAGAAGGUCUGUUGUACACCUGUCAACAGCCUGGCACCAACAACCUUCUUAGUUCUUUGUUGCAUGCAAUUGUGUUCAAUGCCAAACAGUAAUCAGAGCUGAGCGUUCUGAUCAGGUGCGUCCCUUGGUCACUAUGUGACUUGCUUUACUUUUCUCUCUCCAUGGGCUAGAUGAACGAGGAAUGCACACCUGUGUUUUCCAAGGUAUUUUUAUGUGUUUUUAAAACCUUUUUAAAAUGAGCCUGAUACCUGUUUCAGCAUUUGGCCACGUUAUUGGUUUUUGAUGGGUUUUUUUUUUCACGUAUAUUUACUGAUAUAUUUUUGUUUGUAACCAAGCCAUGUUUAAUUUAUGUGCAAUCUUUAUAAUAUGUGUAUGUGUCAUGGUUCCAACUCUCAUAUAUUACUCCUUGAUUACAUUUACCGUUUGAUCUUGCUCUGAUUAUGCCAGUGAAUGUCGAUGAAUUCUUGAGACAUGUGAACAGCAAGAUCGAAAACAUCCUGAUGCAAGAAUAAACCUCUGACUACCAGCCUGUA